AACCCGACGUGAAUCGAACACGCAACCUUCUGAUCUGGAGUCAGACGCGCUACCAUUGCGCCACGGAUCCAGUUGAAACUUUCACCUUCUAAAUUCCUUUCAACAAGAUGGGAAGCUGCUGUGUGUGUGAGAAAGCGCAUAAACCAGAUGUUCCCGCCAAAUAUAACCGUCCUCACGGAUACAGCUAGAGAAGGAGUUUCCCAUUUCAUUGCAGUUGCAACCGUUACCAUUCCCAUAGGAAAAAGAACCCACACACACACGGAGACUAACCCAGACACCCACUCUUCACUCUCUUUGUAAACCCUAAUAAUGGAAGUGGAAACGCCCAAAUUGGACUCCAAGAUCGAAAUAAAUCUAUCAGAUAAUAAUAAAAAUAUUAAUCAAACUUUCUCCUCUUUCUCAGAUUUCGCUGAUUCUCUUCAAGAUCCGAAUAAGACUCCAUUCUUUAAAUCACGACGAAGAAGAGAUACGUGGCUCAUUUCCAUCUUCGUUAUUAUCCAUUUGGGUGCCUUCAUCGCCACCAUGAUCGUCAACGAUUGCUCCACUAACUCUUACGGCGAUUGCGCUAUCAAAACCCUAGGGAGACUGUCCUUUCAGCCCCUAUCUGAGAACCCUCUUCUCGGUCCCUCUGCAUCCACGCUAGAUAAGAUGGGGGCUCUUCGCAGAACCUUGGUGAUCGAACAUCAGACUUGGCGUCUUUUCUCAUGUCCAUGGUUGCAUGCUGGACUUAUCCACCUUAUUAUCGACCUAAUAGGUGUUAUCUUCUUAGGAAUUUACCUGGAACAAGAGUUCGGACCGUUAAGGGUUGGGAUAAUCUACAUACUUUCUGCCUUUUUUGGGUCAUUGGUGACUGCCCUUUUUGUUCGAGAUAGCCCAGUAGUUAGUUCCUCUGGUGCUCAGCUUGGAUUACUUGGCGCUACAUUUUCUGCACUUGUAAGGAACUGGAAAUCCCACACCAAUAAGGUUGCAGCUGUGCUGAUACACUUUUUUGUCUUUGCUUGUAAUGUCAUGCUUGGCUUGCUACCAUAUGCUGACAACUAUUCAAACAUUGGAGGCCUUAUAUCAGGAUUUCUACUUGGAUUUGUUCUAUUAUACACUCCUCAGCUCAGGAAAUUGGCUCCAAAGAAAUCAGGCCUUUAUGAUGAUGGCUUAAAAAGUGUCCUUAACUUGAAGCAGAAGUUGGACAGGCCUGUGCUGAGGACUGUUUCUCUUCUCCUUUUUUCUGUCCUACUUGUUGGAUUUCUUGUGGCAGCACUGCAAGGCAUCAAUAUAAGCCAUUAUUGCAAGUGGUGUGGGUAUUUUGACUGCAUCCCAUCUAAAAGUUGGAGUUGCAAUGAUGUGACAACUUCUUGUGAGAUCAUGUCAAGUGAUGCAGAAUUGACCUUAACUUGUAUGAGUAAUGGCAACUUCAAGGUUUUACCCUUCGCCAAUAUGUCCGAAGCAAGGACGAGGGACUUGUGCACUCUGAUUUGCUUCUGAAAUUUGCAGUAUCGCAAUGACUUUGGAGAACCGUAAACCAGCAAAACGCGGACACAUUCUUUGAUGGCCAGUUAAUUGGAUUCUAUAAUAGAUCAAUUGUACAGCAUGUUCUACGAGCUUGUGGAUAGCCAAAAACAUUUGACAUGAUGAAAAUCCUAUUGGGACCUUGGAACAUUAACACUUGGCACUUAAAUCUUCUUUCAUUCAA